AUGGUGAAGGCGGAUCAGUCAGGGCUCCACCGCUUUUGGAGCAUGUACGUGGACUCUUCGUGCUCUGGGGCGCCGACGGGUGUCUUCGUGCAACGGCUGAACGACUGUGUGAAGCAAGUCGCCGCCGACGGUGACAACUGCGCCGCCAAGUACGAUGAUAACCAGAACGUCGUUGGUUACGUGAACCAAAGCUGUCAUGACGGCCGUCUUGGGGGCCUCGAGUCUGUCUUCGGUAGCACGCCGUUCAUGUCGUACGACUACUACAACAACGACGACUGCACCGACUUCGAGAACUCGGCUUCGUACCGGGCCAACGACAAGUGCAACAGUUUGUACGACGGGGAUUCGCCAUUCCGAAGCGCGACGCUUACGUUCACGAGUGAAGGACUAGAGUGGAGACGCAACAUGGGUAAAGUGGGCACUGCUCUCAACUGCCCAGGCUCGAGCGGCCCCGGGUUCUACCAGUUUGACGUUCCCGAUGCAAAUAUCAACACCGACUUCUGCAUGAACAAGUUCGACGGCAUUUCAGGCGGAUUCAUAUUUUACAAUUCGUCCUCCACCAUCACCACGACGUCGUCCUCGUCCUCGUCCUCCGGCUCAGAUACCGGGAAUUCGAGCUCGUCUGCGUCGCCAACAACCACCCCUCCAAGCUCAGACAAUGCGGAGGCGGCACUGGUGCCGGUGCCAUCGCUGGCAUUGCUGUUGGCGGUGCUGCUGUUCUGGCGCUAA